CUUUUAGUGUUACUAUAACAUUUCAAGUCGGGUUAAGACCAAUGUUUCUUUUUCCUCUAUGUGAGACUGAGGGAGGCUUUGCAAGAAUACUACAAGGAAAAAUGUGUUAUAAACACCUGCAAACUGAUCGAAACUGGAAGCCUUUCCUUUCAUUUCACGACGUUGCAUACCGCAGCUGUAAACGAAUCUCGCAACGUGAACCUCUUGUACUGCUGACAGUAUGCAAGGUGACACCAAUCCUUUCUCCCUGUUGUUCCUCCUUUUUCCACCAAUCUCCUCCUAUUUGUCAGAGGAGCUGAAAUGAGAACAAGAGGGAGGAGAGGGGGCUGAAAUCAGAGUCCUCCCCUUGGAGGUGGAGGCGAUUUAUAGCAUGUUUGUGCAUGAGGUGGAGCAGUGGGAGGAGUGCGGGAGAGGAAAGGAAAUGAAAGCAUGAGGCAGCGACAUAAGUUGAAGAAGUGGGACAAAAGUCUUCUGAGAGCAAAAUAAAAGACCUAUGGAGUUUAUUGUUUGUGUCCGAGACACUGUGGAAAUAAGCAUUAAAUAGCAGGGGCACGUUAUUUGAUUCUGUCCCUAAGGAUGAUUAAAUAAGUAACUCCGUGUUGGAGUCAUACCAAGUGUUGGACAGGAUACACACAGAUGAAAAGAUGCAUCCAUCUGAGUUGGCAUCUACGCUCUUCUCUCUCACCCAUUACGCUUGACCUCUGACCCUUAUCACUCUCAGCCACCAUAACAUCAUGACCUUGCUGUGCCGUGGACGCCUGAAGUUUUUAGUAGCGUCUUUAACUACCAUUGUGCUCCUUACCGGGCUCUAUCUGCUGUCUGGAAACCUGGAGUAUGGUAGAUCCCUGUUCCUUCCUCCCUGUUUGGUGGACAUGCCGGCAUCUCAGUUCUUGGAACGAGCCAUCCUCGAGUCACGGGUUCGAGAGGUGGAAGAGGAAAACAGACAGAUCAGACUACAGCUCAGCCAGUCACAGAGCACUGCUACCCAGUCAGCUGAGAGAAAUUAUGGCAACUUGCAAUGGGGUGCUUCUGCUGACAUUGGACCAGAGGACGGGUACAACACAGUGGAAGAGAAGAAGAACCACUCUGAGUGUUCAAGAUUGCCUGCCGUCCAGAAGUGUGAGGUAAUACACGUCGCCUGUGUUUGUGCUGGACACAAAGCCAGUAGAGAUGUGGUCACACUUGUCAAGUCGGUCCUCUUUCACAGGAGAAACCCUCUUCACUUUCAUUUUAUCACCGAUGCUGUGGCCAACCAAACUUUGAGCUCCCUGUUUCAGUCCUGGAUGAUCCCUUCUGUGCAAGUUAGCUUUUACGAUGCAGAAGAACUCAAGUCCGAGGUGUCGUGGAUACCAAACACUCAUUACUCAGGUAUUAACGGCUUGAUGAAGCUGACUCUAACCAAAGCCCUGCCACAUGACCUGUCAAAGGUCAUUGUCCUGGAUACGGACAUCACUUUUGCCACUGAUAUUGCUGAGCUCUGGGGUGUUUUCAGAAAGUUCACAGAUAAACAGGUCAUUGGUCUUGUGGAGAACCAGAGUGAUUGGUACCUUGGAAACCUGUGGAAAAAUCACAAACCAUGGCCUGCACUUGGCCGGGGCUUCAAUACAGGUGUAAUUCUCCUCUACCUGGAGCGACUCCGACAAAUUGGAUGGGAGCAGAUGUGGCGCCUGACAGCAGAGAGAGAGUUAAUGAGCAUGCUCAGUACAUCUCUGGCUGAUCAGGACAUCUUCAAUGCAUUCAUAAAGCAGAACCCGAUUUUGGUCCACCAGUUGCCCUGUUUCUGGAACGUUCAGCUGUCUGAUCACACUCGUUCCGAGCUGUGCUACACUGAGGUUUCUGACCUCAAGGUAAUCCACUGGAACUCUCCAAAGAAGCUUCGUGUGAAGAAUAAGCACGUGGAGUUUUUCAGGAACCUUUACCUGACCUUCCUGGAGUACGAUGGAAACCUGCUGCGGCGGGAGCUAUUUGGGUGCCCUAGUCAGGCCAGUCCAGAGAGCAUCCAGUUGCAGACUGCUCUUGAGGAGCUGGAUGAGGAUGAUCAGUGUUAUGACUUCCGCCGUGAACGACUCACCCUCCACAGAGUCCAUCUUUACUUCCUGCAGUAUGAAUAUACCCCCACAGAGGAUGAGAAUGAUGUCACUCUCGUAGCUCAACUUUCCAUGGAUAGGCUACAGAUGCUGGAGGCCAUUUGCAAGCACUGGGAAGGACCCAUCAGCCUGGCGCUCUACAUGUCUGAUGCAGAAGCUCAGCAGUUCCUACGCUACGCUCAAGCCUCCGAGGUGCUGAAAAACCGCAAGAAUGUCGGCUAUCACAUUGUUUAUAAGGAGGGCCAGUUCUACCCCGUCAACCUGGUGAGGAAUGUUGCCCUGAAGAAUGCAAACACUCCCUACGUUUUCCUGACGGAUGUGGACUUCUUACCAAUGUAUGGUCUCUAUGAUUAUCUCAGAAAAACGGUCACACAAUUGGACAUGGCAAAUAAUAAGAAGGCUCUGGUGGUUCCAGCUUUCGAGACACUGCGCUACCGCUUGUCCUUCCCCAAAUCCAAAGCAGAGCUCCUCUCCAUGCUGGACAUGGGGACACUCUAUACCUUCAGGUAUCACGUGUGGCCGAAAGGCCAUGCCUCCACCAACUAUGCUAAAUGGAGGACAGCCACCACACCUUAUACGGUUGACUGGGAGGCAGAUUUUGAGCCUUAUGUUGUAGUGAAACGACAUUGCCCGGAAUAUGAUCAGCGCUUUGUGGGCUUCGGCUGGAACAAGGUUUCCCAUAUCAUCGAGCUCGACGCACAGGAGUAUGACCUUAUGGUUCUCCCGAACGCUUUCAUGAUCCACAUGCCCCAUGCACCCAGCUUUGACAUCUCCAAGUUUCGCUCCAGCUCGAGCUACCGCAACUGCCUGAAGACUAUAAAAGAGGAAUUCCACCAGGACUUGUCCAGGAAAUAUGGCUCAGCUGCUCUCAAGUACCUCACUGCCCAGAGGAACAUCUGAGCAAUGCUGUCAGACACACCUUUUCACAAGAUAAAGAGCUUAUACAUACCGUUGAUUGAUUGAUGCUCAGCGAUGGCCAGCACCAAGUCGCAAUCCGAUGGUCAAGCUUUACAGCCCCUACAGGACAAGAAGAAAGUUUAACAUGAUGGCAAAUAUCCUCAUUUAUAUGGAUCCACGAGGCCGAUGCCGGUUUGAGACUGAAAGAUCUCGCUUUAAAGCGUGUGAUUGAAAACAAUGUUAGAAGUUGUUUCGUCAAUCAGGGAUAUUUCAGGCAGACAUGGAUCUCUGGAAACCAAGUUCAAGGACACAAAACAAGCAGCACAGUUGGCAUUUACAUCAUAAAGUUAACGGUUGUGACGGUCAGCUGACCGGGAGGAAAUGUUUACGCCUUAUGACUUUGUACAGUGUUUACUAAGAUAUUUAAUAUUUUCAUAUCUACACUGUAAAUAUAAACCGAUUAACUUAAAGAAGUGAGCCGGUUAAUUCGUCAUUCUUGUUGAGACCUUUAUAAUAUUAUCCAUCAGAGGCCAGUUUCAUUAAUUAAGGAGCUUCAGGGGAGUGUUUGUGUGCGUCGACGUGUGGAGACUUUGUACUGCAUUGGUGCCACACACUGUUAGCACUCUGCAUCUGGUUUAUUCCGGUUGGGUACGAAUCACUCUGCAAAUAUGCUUAAGCACCACGUGUUCAUGUGGUCUAUUCACAAAUGAAGAAUAGUAAGAUCAGGUAUCUCAUUAUUUUUCCUUCCAGGCGACCUUAAUAAGCAAUGCAGUGAUUGAGAAGAACUCAAAACUAAAACUUGUAUUAUCUAGAAGCUGUUAUAUGUAUGACUGAAUUGCAGAUGCUUAGUUUUCUGUAUAUUUGGCAUUGUUGUCUUAUUCACUGGAUAUUGUGUGAUCUGCUGAACCCUUCCAACAACACUUUUGUAGAGUGCAAAUUAAAUUACAAAUUAAAUUCAUCAAAACACAGCACAAAAUUGGAGCCUAAUUCACAGAACAUGUCGUAUCCAAAUUGAUAAUAGUUGACCUUGUUUUUCACCUGAGACUUUUGUUCAAAAAAGACCAUUUCUCUUCAUUCAUACUGCAAGGUGCGAUGCCCAAUUUGGAAUUUUUUUGUUCAAUCCAAUC